AUGAAAGUCUCGCCGCUCUCAUCUCUGCUGUAUGCCUUUGCUCUCCGUCUCAUCUCCCACUCGCAGCCUUCGGGCCCCAAUGAAACCCAAUCUCGUCCCCCAGCUUCCUCCUUUAUCGUUUGUGACAACAUCAUCAGCAUAGCUACAGCUACUGAAGCUUUCAACAGGUACAGUGCAAACUACCCAGAGGUGACGAGGCAGAACGUGAAGGGACCUGAGGGCCAGGACUUCCGCGAUGCAUUCAUGCAAUGUCCUCGCGUUUGUCUCAUGCCUUUAGGAUCCGGAAAUCCCGACAUUACUGGAAUUGGAGUCACUUUGUCAUACGCCGUCCAGGCCAGCUUGAUCCUCAGCCUAGUCGUGCUCUACCUCCUCACACGCCUCCUUCGCUAUCUUGCUCGAUACCUCGGGCCCGAUGUCGUCAUCUUCCAGUACAUCUCCCUCAAUUUCGCUGCUUCAAUCAGCUUCGGCGCCGUCAUCAUCACAUACACCAUCAUUGGGAGGCACCUUCCACACCCAACGGUCCGCUUCCUGGCCACUCUUCCCACUUUUGCAAUGUUUGUCUCUGUUUUUGCAGUGUCCUACCCUCACGUUGAGCAUAAAAUCGCAGCCGAGGUCCUCCCGUUCUAUCAGACACUUGGCGCUGACUGCCCGGGCAUAGAGUAUAUGCAAAAAGAAUUCCUGGUGCCAUUUCUGAGUACCGACAGAAUUCACAUACUGCUCAUGUCCUCGCUCGCAGUAUUCCUAGCUUACUGGCUCGUCCACAGCUUCCACAGAAUUUAUCUCCGUCAUCCGAAGCUCCGGGACUUCAUCGUUAAAUGCCUUGACUUGAUGUACGAGAAAACUCGCUUCGAGAAAGCAUCCAUGAGUAUCUCGAAGCUGUGUCACGAUACCCUCGUCCAACACCCCAGAAACCACAAACCUUUAAAGAAGAUAUGGAAAAAUUCCAAGCAACGUUCUGAUAUCUCGAAGUCCCUCAAAGCCGCUACCAAAUUCCUAGGCCGCAUUUUACUUCGACUACUCUACCUCGCCAUCACUAUCUCCGGCGUCACAUGCAUAUUCCGUCUAUUCCACUUCCGCAAGGUGUACGGCCAGUGGCAAGCGAGGGUUGUUGCUAAAGUGGGGAAUACAACAAGCACGACUACAACGUGGGACGACAACCAAUGGGGCGUCGGCCAGAUUGUGGCGCUGUUCGUGUGGUAUCCAUUUGUGGGAGGGUUUGGUCUUCGGGUUCUGGAGUCUGGGUGGAGGAAGGUGAUGGAGAUGGCUCGGAGUCGUGGUUCGAUAGGUCCUCCUUCGCCGCCUGCAGGCCCCUAA